CCCCGCCCCUCGCCAGCGCAGGCCGGAGCCGCGGCCUCCCCAGCCAGUGGUCGCGGGCGCGGGCGCAGGGGCAGCAGGGUCGCCACCGCGCCAGGGGUGGAAGCGGGUCUGGCGGGCUCCGAGAGACCCGGGAGCAGCGCGCAGAGCAGCCUCCGGCCGCCGCCGCGCAGAGCUGCCAGAGUGGAGUGCACUGCUUCUCCCAGCCCGGCAGGAUGGCGGGUUCUUGUCUGGUUGGAUAAGGCCUUGCAGCAGAAAAGAGCUCCAUCUCCAGGCCUGAGCAGAGGCGCGCAUCUCCCCAUUCCCAGGCCAGCUCAGGAUGGGCACCGUGCGCCUGCCUCGCCCCUCCCUCCUGCUGGUCUCCACCCGGGGGUCUUGUCUCUUCCUCCUCUUCUGCCUGCGCCUGGGCGCCACCUGCCCGCAGCCCUGCCGGUGCCCUGACCAUGCAGGGGCUGUGGCUGUCUACUGCAGCUUGCGGGGCCUGCAGGAGGUCCCCCAGGACAUCCCGGCCGACACCGUGCUCCUGAAGCUGGAUGCCAACAAGAUCUCCCACCUCCCGGACGGGGCCUUCCAGCACCUGCACCGGCUCAGGGAGCUGGAUCUGUCUCACAACGCCAUCGAGGCCAUUGGCCCCGCCACCUUCGCGGGCCUGGCGGGGGGCCUGCGGCUGCUGGACCUGUCCUACAACCGCAUCCAGAGGAUCCCCAAGGACGCCCUGGGCAAGCUCAGUGCCAAGAUACGCCUGUCCCACAACCCCCUGCACUGUGAGUGUGCCCUGCAGGAGGCCCUGUGGGAGCUGAAGCUGGACCCCGACUCUGUGGACGAGAUCGCCUGCCACACCUCAGUGCAGGAGGAGUUUGUGGGGAAGCCUCUGGUUCAGGCUCUGGAUGCAGGUGCCAGCCUCUGCAGCGUCCCCCACAGGACCACAGAUGUGGCCAUGCUGGUCACCAUGUUCGGCUGGUUCGCCAUGGUGAUCGCCUAUAUCGUGUACUAUGUGCGCCACAACCAGGAGGAUGCCCGGAGGCACCUGGAGUACCUGAAGUCUCUGCCCAGCGCCCCUGCCUCCAAGGACCCCAUUGGCCCGGGGCCCUAGCGCCUGUUCCAGCAGACCCCCGCCGAUGGCUGCUGUCACUUCUGUAGUAGGUGGUAACUGAUGAUGCUUUUGCUAUUCCCUGAGGCAGGUGUCACAGCCAUGUGUGCUGUGCUCCCCACUGUUGCCCUCGGGCACAGCAGCACCUCCAGGCUGGAUGGUUUUGCCAUCACAUCCGUGUGAAGGAUGAGGAACCUGAAGCUUAGUGAAACAGAAAGACUGCCUGUGACACCAUCAGGAAAUGAUCCCAAUGGGACUUCAACCUGGGCUGUCCAUCGUGACAUUCCGCCUCCUUCCACCACGCGAGCCUCUCCCACACAGGGCCCGCAGGCUGUGGAUAUGCACGCAGAGGACACGGGGUGCUCCACAAGCGUGAGGGUUCACGACAGGGGGCUCGGGUUCAGGUUCACCUGCUGAAGGCGCUGAUAAGUCCUGUGCUGAGGAGCUGGCUUGCCCUUGUUUACCUACAAAGUGCACUGUAGGUAAACAUGAGCCUUGUUCCACUGUUCCAGGUACAUUGGAACAUGAGCCCUGUUUCCAGAGCAAAGUAACAGAGACCAGGUUUUUCUAGAGCACUAAGUGGGAUGUGUAGCUCAAACAAACUGCCCUAAGCUUUUUGUUCUCACAAUGUUUGAGCAACCCUAGUGCCAAAAUUUCAGUCCAGUAAUGGGGUGAACAAUAUGGAGAGAGACCUGGGAAAAGUCCAAGGUAGCUUGCCUAGGGGAAGGCAGCAGCCACAUAUCUGGGGCCCUGCCUGCUUCCUGCCCCUCUGGCUGUGCCUGUUGUGGGAGGCCCUGCCCCGGGGUGAUCUUGGCUCACUGCAACCUUCGCCUCCCAGGCUCAAUCACUUCUCCUGCCUCAACCUCCUGAGUAGCUGGAAUUACAGGCACCUGCCACCAUGCCUGGCUAAUUUUUGUAUUUUUAGUAGAGAUGGGGUUUCACCAUGUUGGCCAGGCUGGUCUCGAACUCCUGGCCUCAAGUGACCCGCCCGCCUCAGCCUCCCAAAGUGCUGGGAUUACAGGUGUAAGCCACCACACCUGGCCCUGUGCCUUGCUUUUUCUACUAAGAUAUAAAACAGCUUUUUCCAAGGCCAGGAGUACUGGUGAUUGAUGUUUCAAGGCCAAUCAAUGGGAUGCUUCAUUUUCUCCAGCAACAGGAACUCUCUCUUUUCACCUUUGCUGCCAGGAAUCUCAGAGAUAAUUUAGUAUUCAAUUUACUUACCUUAACAUUCAGGUUAGAUGUUACCUCCACCUAUAUGAUAGUAAUUCUUAAUUUUAUUUUUUGUCCUUUUUAUGAGUGUUUAUAUUUUAAAGUACUUUAUUUUUGGGGGGGGUGCAAAUGAGUGAUCAGUGUACAUUGUGUGUAGACUGAAGUGUAGGUAUGUAGAGAUGCUUCACCAAACAGAUGCUUAAAAAUGAUUGGAAGUUGAGGGUGGUUUGUGUUUGGAAAGCGUCAGGUGACUUGGAAGGUGAGAGCCUGACCAGGGUGUGUGCAGUGCGAGUCACAGGAGCGUCUGUGUUGUGAGGUGCUUGGUAGGCUUUGCUCUGCCCACCGUGCAGACGUGGGGGUAGGUGAGGAGCCUGGCCCAGUGUGUGAGUGGAGGCAGCCCCAGGCCCCGCUUGCUUCCCUCAUGCCACGCUGCCUGAGUGUCGCCGUGCUCGGAGGAUAGAGACCUCCACGGAAACUGCCAGCGCCGCUCACCCUUCCAGCGAGAGCUAGAACCAAGUGCCAGCUCCCGGGAGCGCACCCGUGCUGGUCGCGUGGUCCUCAUGGUCCGGACAGAGCCAGCAGGUGGCGGAGUGUCCGGUUCCACUGUUUGGAGGAAGCGGGCGCUGACACAGCAGAGUGUCCUGGGCCUGCGGGGGUUUCUAUCCACAGGCCAAGUGGCUGAAAGCAUACGAUAAGGAUGUGUGGGUGAAGAACCGGUGCCAUCCCUGGCUCUCUGAUGGAUGCAGGCGGGGCAGGUGAACUGUUGCUGGCCUGGCCUGCAGGCCUGGGGUCACAUGGUGAUUGGCGUCCUCCUGCCACCCCUUCUCCAUGCCAGGGUGCCUGUGGUGGGUUUGCCCGGCCUGCGUGACCCCAGGUCCCAAGGAGAGUGUGGACUGAGGCCUGGGUGGUGAAGGCAGGGCCUCUCCUCAGCCCUGCGUCCUGUGAGUGCCAGCCAGUCCCAUCUCACAUUUUGGGGGGCCCUUUCCCUGCUGCCAGGGGACUCUUCAUUGGCCCUUACCCUAGAAUCAGCCCAGAGCCUGUACACCACCCAGACGUGGCCCUUCAGGAGGUGCACAGGGCAGGGGCAGGCCCGUCCCUCCCUGCCCCAAUUGGCUGGGCUGCCCCAGCCCGGGAUCUGGCCUUCCCCUUGGUGAAGGUCUGCUGGGCCCUGCCCACCUCCUGUUGGAAGGGGGAGAAGGGGAGAGGACCAGGAGGACACCAGAGGUCCCGUCCCUUGCACUGUGAGCUCAGUCAGGUCCAUAAGCUGCCCACCAUCCUGGCCUUACUGUGCCCCCUGCCCCACUGACAUAGGGGGAAACACCUCCCCUCUAAGGAAGGCCAUAGAGACCCCAACACUGUGGGGCCCCAAAGGUCCUUCAUGCUCAUUGGAGCUCCCACCCUAGGUGCUUGCAAGUCCUCAGCUCUCCAGGGGUACAGCCCUCCCCUUCCUGCCCUCCCCUCCCGUCGCAUCUUGUGACCUCUUGACUGGCGGGGCCUGGAGCCCAUGAUGGACACUUGCUGAAGGACGGGCAGCAGAGCACCCUGAGAUGACAUCGCUGCCUGGCCCCAGAGCACCCCACCUCUCCCCGUGCCUCGGUUCUUUGCAGCCCACAUGUGAGCAUACGCACCCCAGGACCUGCUGCCCGCUGGGACGCCCAGGCCAGAUCAGCCCCUCUGCCUCCACGCUGCACUGACUGCAAGAGUUUCCCACAUCUGCAGCGGCCGUGGGCUCAGCCCCACACCAGCCAGGCCACCAGCGUUGACAGCGGUGAGGCGGGGACAAAGGGAGUGUCUCAGUUCAACCUGUGGACAUAGUGGAGGUCUCCGCCUUGUGAGGCAAGGCAAGGGGGAGGGGAGAGGCAACUGGGGGGAUUCUGUGACUACUGGGCCACCAGGGAGCCAGAAUCUUCCAGCCAGACUGACAGGGCGGGACUUAGCUUCCUGAUGCCGGCCGUUCACCACCCUCACCCCUGGAAGCUCCCUGGGCAUCAUGGGAGGCAGAGCCUGAACCCCAACCUAACCCUAAUGCUAACCCCUAAACCAACCCUCACCCUAACCCUAAUGCUAACCACUAACCCAACCCUCACCGUAAUUCUAACCCCUGAUCCAGCCCAAUCCUAACCCUAAUGCUAACCCCUAAACCAACCUUCACCCUAACCCUCAUGCUAAUCCCUAACCCAACCCAGCCCUAACUCUAAAGCUGACUCCUAACCCUAGGAGAGGAGCCCAGGCUUGGACCCCUCCCCCUGCUAGUUUCCUGUUGGACUUUGGAGCCCCAGAUGCCUGCUCAGAGGCUCCCUUGUGCGGGGCGGGGUCCAGCAGUGGGGGAUGGGCCCAGAGCCAGUGUAACCACCAGCAGAACCAUCCUGAUCCACAGGGCCGUCCCUGGUGGGGUAAGGCUCCCUGGGGCAGGAAGGCCACCAAGGGCAGGGAGACUCCCAGGCCCACUCACGGCGUAGGCACCACAGGAGCUGGCUGGAGGCUAUAGGGGUGCAGGGCGUGGGCCUGCUGGGGGUUGCGUGGCAGACAAUGGGGUGUGGGGUAUGCUGGCAGCUGUGGGUGAGUGAGGAGCCUCCUCUCGUGAAGGGCCCUGGGGAAGAGGAAUCUGGCCCUAAGAGACCCCCGCCUCCUCUGCAGGGGCUGCCUGCAGGAGGGGAACCUGGGGCCCCCAGCCUCACCUACAGGGAGGGUAGAUGAGAGUUGUAAACCGCACAUGAGGCUGGGCUAAACCUGGACGUGUGUUUCAUAACCGAAGCAGCCAGGAAACUCUGGCUCUGCCCAGAGCUUAUCUGGGCAGGACAUGGGGACGAGUGUCCAGGCUGAAGGCAGGACCCGGCCAGCAAAGGGCCAUUUCACAUUGAGCUCCACAGCUAGUCAUAUUCUGUGGAAUGUGCGGACGUCCACAGCCCAUCAGACAGGGUCUGGAGUGGGGGUGCUGUCUUGGGCAGCUCUUCCCGAGGGUCUGCAAAAUCCCAAGGUCACCAGAGCCAAGGCAGGAAGGCAAGGAGCCCGGCUUCUAAGGAACUCUGAUCAGGUGUGGCCCAUGGCUGGGAGGCAGCUGACUCCAUGGUGCAUAGCACAGAGGGCGGCCCGGAGUCCUGGACACUCCUGGCAUGUCCCCUCGUGGGGGAUGUGGGGACUUGGCUUAGGUCUCGUCUGGCUGGCCUUCCUGGACCGCAGUGGCCGGGAGCUGAAAACCAUGACCCCAGGCUCCCUGCAGCUGUUCUCGAUGGGAUUUCGAUUCUCCAGUCAGAUGCGUUUACGCAGGACUUGGAUCCUGAACUGUGUAACCUGGAGAGGGAGGUGUGAGCGGGCCAUGCUGCUGGCCCAGACUGUGCCGGUGUCUAAUUCUGUUGUCCUCGCAGCCCUUCUGUGAGCCCUCAGUAAAGCUCUUCAUGCUUCAGUCA